GUACAUGCAGAUAAUCAAUCAAGUCGAAAUAGUGACUUCCUUGAUUUGCAGUGUUUUUCUUUUCUUUUCAUGUGAUAUUUUGGUUCAACUUUGAAAUUUUCAACAAAUGGAUCAAAAAUCGAAAUCUGAUAGUAAAAAUGUUAAUCGUGUGGCUAUCUGUGAAUGUUUGGGCAAAUUACCAGUCAAUGUACCGUUGGAAACCGAUGGAACUUUGUUAGUCUCGGUAUUAUCAGCUUUUUUUCCUGGUGCUGUCAAUAUACAAUACAUGAUCGGAGUGAGCCAAUGGCGUACACCGCAAAUCAUCGACGGACGAAUUCAAGAACCACCGUUCGAUUUAGGUGGAUGGAAAUGUUGUAAAUAUUUUUAUUGUAUUAUGAUUAGAAAACAACUGUCAGAUUUUGAUGCAAUCAAACAUUAUGACUCAUUGUGUGCAAGAAAUUUAUGCCAAACUUAUGUUCGUGAUGGAUUCUGUAUGCAACAGAUUCAGCAAAAUUGUUAUUUCGUCCAUGGAGAUUUUUGCGACGACUGUCAACUAUACACUUUACAUCCAUUUAAUGCGGAUUUGCGGCAAAAACACGAAAUUGAUUGUUUGGCAAAAAAAAUGAAAAACCAAAAAAUUGAUAUCGAAAAUUGUCCAGAAAAUAAUGAUCCCAGUGGAAUCUAUGAAAAAUUAAUUUCAGGUUCUAUUUGUCCCCGAUAUGAACGAUAUGGCCAAUGUAAUGGGCAAGAAAAACAAAACUGCCACCUGAUUCAUGGUGAUUUAUGUGACAUAUGUGGAUAUUAUUCAUUACAUCCAUUUUGUGAACUGGAUCGUGAAAAACAUACUAAAAAAUGUAUCGAAGAAUUAGAGAUGAAAAAUACAUGUUCAAUUUGUUUAGAAAUAAUUGGUCAAACACCUGAAUCCGAUCGUAACAAUGGUGACAAUAAUGAAUGUCAACGAAGUUUUGGUCGGUUGAAAAACUGUUUUCAUACAUUCUGUUUUAAUUGUAUACAAACUUGGCGUACGAAAAGUAAUUCGAUGGAAUGUCCUAUCUGUCGUGUACCUUCCGAAUCUGUUAUCAAAACUAAUGAUUAAAUAAGGCUCAUUUUUUCAACGAAAUAUUCAAUAUACAACCACCAUACCAAACCAACCAUUUUUAUACCAAAAAUAAAUAAAUUUUACAAAUCUGUCAAUAUCUUGUAUAAUCAUGAAUAUGUACCGAGUAUUAAAAACAUUUUUAAACAAAUAAACGAAAAUUAUACAUCCCAGAACAUUUGAUAUUGAUUCGAUUUAUUUGCCAAAUACUUGGAUCAUCAUUAUCGAUAAUGGUAAUGAUUGAUUACUUCAUUGAGAAUUACAUUUUCCUCGGUCAUUUUUUUGGGUGUAGUAACACACAUGUCUUUUAGACUUUGCUCAUCUGGCUAAAAUUUUAUUUUAUCUAUUUGAUUAUUAUGUGAUAUCAACCCACUGUUGUAUGUUUAGAAUUUAUCACAGUUCCAAUUAAGAAAUUGUAAUAAUUGUUUCAUAGCAACCGGGAACAAUUGUGGAGAAAAAACAUCGAUUUGUAAUAUUUUUUUCCAUUUUAACCAUCAUUUUCACUAAUCCAAAAAAAAAAAAAAUAAAAAAUAACAAUGAAAACAUUUAAUUGCAGUGAGGAGGGAAUGAUGUACGUCGUAAAUCAUUGAUGAACAAAUUCAAAACUAUCGUUAGAUUUGAUCAGAUGUUAAUGUAAAUAUUUUUAUUGAAUGACAU